UCCCCAGAAUACUCGUCCUCCAUCUAUUCGCAGUUGACGUUCGCCUGGAUUAAUCCCCUGAUUUAUCUCGGAUUCAAAAGACCUAUUCAGGAUAUUGAUCUUCCGAACCUUGAAGAAACCGAUUUCUCUUGGUUCUCGAUUCAUCAAUACAAAAAGAUAAAACUUUUGCGCUCGGUUGCUUGGGAAUUAUUUAUCCAGUUCCUUUGGGCUCUUCCAUGGUGCUUCCUCGUCAACGCCUCUCCUUACUGCAUGAACAAGAUUAUCAAAUAUAUCGAGUGCAAAACUUGUGGUCCCCCAACGACAAGCGAAUAUAGUUGGGUCUUUGGUCUCUUGAUUGCCUCGAUCUCGGAAUCGCUAACUAUGCAAGCUGCGUUGCAUAAAGGCAGGCGUCUUUUUGUUCAUAUAGCAUCUAUUUGUAAUGCCGAAGUAUUUUCCAAGGCUCUAAGGCGCAAAGAUAUAUCCUCAUCUGCUACAUCUGACAAAAGUGAAGGCAGUGGUGAAAACAAGGGAAAAGACAAGAGUGAAAGUAGUCUGAAUAUCUCCAACUUGGUUGCUGUUGAUAUCAGGAAGCUUGAAUAUCCUUUCGGCUACGUCUUCUACAUAUACGGUUUCCCCAUCCAGUUCAUCAUUGCAGGAUUUCAACUCUAUAAUCUCCUCGGAAAUGCUGCUCUGGUCGGCAUUGUAUUCAUGAUUAUCUCGUAUCCCAUUCCUGCUAAGCUUUAUGCUAUGAUCAUGAAGAUUUUCAAAGACAUUAUGGACACUAAGGAUGAACGUAUGGAUGCCUUGAAUGAGAUGUUGUCCGCCAUCCGUAUCGUCAAGUUCUUUAGCUGGGAAGCCAAAUUUGAGGAGAAGAUCAUCAGUGCUCGAGAAAAAGAGCUCAAACGCACCAAGGACUCGUACAAAAAGGUUAUCCUCACCGACAUUGUAUGGAUGAUCAUGUCGCUUUUAAAUAUUGUGGUGGUCUUGACAGCCUACAUAAAACUGUUUGGCAACGAGAUUACAGCGUCUGCAAUGUUUACGACCUUGGCUCUAUUCAACAUUAUGCGCACUUCCCUCAAUACUCUGCCAUGGACUAUCAAGUCUAUGAUGCAGGCAUUGGUCAGUUUGGAUCGCAUCAACAAAUUCCUUUCAGAAGAAGAGCUUGUGAGGGAUAUUACCGUCACCAAAUUGGGCCCUAAAGCCCACAUUACACCAUCUCAUCCCACUAUCGGAUUCGUCAAUGCCUCGUAUAUUUGGCCUAGCAAGGAGAAUGCCCAAAUUGAGAACAAAAAGUUUGAGAAAAAGAAUUGGUUCCAAAAACGAUUCAAGCUCAAGAACCUCUCUGUGGCGUUCCCUGUUGGUCAACUAUCGCUGGUUGUUGGCCCGACCGGCAGCGGCAAGUCAGCAUUGCUCCUUGCUCUUCUUGGGGAAUUGGAACGCUUGGAAGGAAGCAUGUACCUACCUCGUUUGGACUAUAACAAGGAUAACGAGCACGGUUCUGGCAUUGCUUAUGUUUCUCAAACUGCUUGGCUCCAAAACUCGACAAUUCGUGAUAACAUUCUCUUCGGCAAGGAAUUUGAUCAAGAGCGAUACGACGCUGUGAUCGAAGGUUGUGCACUUGUUACUGAUGUUGAGAUUUUGGAAGCGGGUGAUAAGACUGAGAUUGGAGAGCAGGGUAUUACGCUUUCAGGAGGUCAGAAACAGCGUGUCGCUCUUGCUCGCGCAAUCUAUUCGGAUGCCAGUGUCCUCCUUCUUGACGAUUGUCUCUCUGCAGUUGACAGCCACACAGGCAAGUAUUUGUUCCAAACCUUAACUGGACCUCUGUUGGAAGGUCGCACUGUCAUCAUGGCCACACAUCAGGUUCAAUUGACUCUCAGCGCCGCCAGCCUUGUUAUUGUACUAAAUAAGGGCGAGAUCGUAGGCUCCGGUGCGCCUGAGGAGGCUGUUCGUAAUAAGUGGAUCGACACUGUUGCGCUUGCUGUGCCUGCUUCCGAUGCAAACAGUGAAAUUAGCACGCUGGAUGGUGAAGACAAAGGCAAGGACAAGAAGAAGGGAGGAAAGGAAAAGAUUAGUAUCAGGCUUACGGAAGAUGAGAAAAAAGCUGAGGGCGCUGUGGCAUGGAAGGUCUACAAAAUAUAUUUUAUUGCCUCGGGAGGCAUGAUUUUCUGGGCGAGCCUUGUCCUCAUGUUCUUUGCCCGCCAGUUUAUAGAUAUUGGCCAAAAUUCAUGGCUCGCUAACUGGGCCAACAAAAUGGCAGAGACAACUGGCUCAUUUGUUAUAAAGGAUUUUGUGAUUGCCCUCUCCGUCUAUACCGCCUUUUCUCCUAUGGACGACAACAAGAAGUAUGGCACUCUCACCAUGAGGCUUUUCGGUCAAGGCACUCCUGAGACUAUCAAUAUGGACUAUUACCUUGGUAUCUAUGUUUUAUUGAGCUUAACUGGGAUAGUCUUUGGUGCCAUGAUCGGAUAUUAUGUUGCCAUGGGAGGCCUCACCGCAUCACGAACGCUUCACCAGCAGCUCCUCCGCAAGAUCACACGUGCCAAGGUUCGUUUCUUCGACACCACUCCUAUUGGUCGGAUCAUCAACCGGUUUAGUUCAGACAUGUCAACCAUUGACGACGAAGUCAGUAAUAACCUCCAGGGACUGUUCUCAUGCUUUGUCACGAUUGUUGGUAUCAUUUUCAUCAUUUCAUUCAAUAUGCCCCUUUUCUUAGUGGCAGGAAUAUUUAUCAUUGCAAUCUAUCUGCUCAUUGGAAUAUACUAUAUCGGUAUCAGCAGAGAUCUCAAACGCUUGAACUCCAACUCCAAAUCACCGAUCCUCAACCAUUUCAACGAAACGCUGACAGGGCUGGCUACAAUACGCGCCUAUGGUUUUGAGAAGCGGUUCUUAUCCACUAACUUGGUCAAUUUAGAUAAUAACAACCGUACGUUCCUCCUACUGUGGGUUACAAACCGCUGGCUGCACUGGCGGGUGGAUAUUGCAGGCGCAUCGGUUGCAUUCAUCACUGGGAUAUUGGUUCUCCAGAAUUGGGGCCAGAUUGAGCCUGGUUGGGCUGCAUUAAGUAUGACAUACUCCUUAAUGUUUACAGGCACAAUCGUUUGGGUUAUUCGUAUCUAUGCCAUGAGCGAGAUGAACUUGAACUCUGUUGAGCGCGUUGUUGAGUACAUGGACUUGGAGGAAGAGCCUCCAGCAAUCAUUGAAGGGUCACGUCCACCUCCAUCCUGGCCUCAUGCAGGUGAAAUUGUAGUCAGUCAUUUGACCAUGCGAUAUGCACCAGAAGCACCCGACGUACUCAAGGAUGUUUCAUUUACUAUCAAUGCAGGCGAGAAAGUUGGUGUAGUUGGUCGCACUGGGUCUGGCAAAUCAACCUUGGCCAUCAGUUUGUUCCGUUUCAUGGACCCCGUCAAAGGUACGAUCAACAUCGACGGCAUUGAUAUCUGCAAGAUUGGUCUUCACGACCUGCGUUCCAAUCUCACCAUCAUUCCUCAAGACCCAAUUCUCUUCAAGGGUACACUUCGUUCCAACUUGGAUCCAUUUGGUGAACAUGAGGAUCGUGAGUUGUGGGAGGCAUUAAGGCGUAGCCAUCUGAUUCCAGAGAGCAAGCCUAAGAACAAGUUGUCAGUUAGCUCGAUUAAGGGUAGCAACACUGGAGGAUCUGAAACCGUGGAUCCAUUCAAGAUUACACUUGAUACGCCAGUAAAAGAAAACGGAUCAAAUUUCUCUCAAGGUCAGCGCCAGAUGAUCGCACUAGCUCGUGCGUUGGUCCGCCAGUCCAAGGUCAUUGUAAUGGAUGAAGCCACAGCUAGUGUGGAUUUUGAGACAGAUCUCAAGAUCCAGACUACAAUUCGACAAGAGAUGGUAGGUGCGACAAUUAUCACGAUCGCGCACCGUAUACGAACCAUUGCAGAUUUUGACCGAGUCCUAGUGAUGGAUGCAGGCGAACUCGUAGAAUUUGAUAGACCAUUCACAUUGAUGACUCGGGAAGAUAGCUUGUUCCGAGCCAUGUGUGAGCGUUCAUCUGAGUUUGAUGCCUUAAUAGCAAUCGCGAAAGAA